CACACACGAGUGCCGGUCGCCCGCCGCCUCCUCCUCCUCGGGUUCCAAGUCAGCCUUGUCUUGACCUCUCCAGGCCACCAUCAUGCCCAGUGAGAGUGACCGCAAAGACAAGAAAGGGCCCACCGAGGAAGAAGGUACCGCUGACUUUGGUGUUCGAACCCGCAAGAGAAAAGCUGACGUUGUAAUAUUUUUACAGGAUCCAGACGAAGACGCUGCCAAAAUAGAAAUGACCAAGAAGAAACAGAAUGACAGCCAGCCAUCUUCAAAUUACGAUGCAUGCACACAUCCCCAUAUGCUGAUCCCUACACCAGACAAAGAGGAUAAGCUGGGGAAUCCAAGCAUCUCUCCUUUCGUACACCAAAGCCUUUCUUCAGCUAGAGAUUCACCAUUGCCUGUUUUGGGCUGGGCAAGUAGGGAUGAAGUAUGGAAAAGCAUGCUCAACAAAGAACAGACGUAUGUGAGGGAUAAACUAUAUAUGCAAAGGCACCCACUCUUGCAACCUAAAAUGCGGGUAAUUCUCCUAGACUGGCUAAUGGAGGUUUGUGAAGUCUACAAGCUUCACAGAGAGACGUUUUAUUUGGCACAAGAUUUUUUUGAUCGGUUCAUGGCAACACAGCAGAACAUCGUAAAGACACUUCUGCAACUUAUUGGGAUUUCAUCUUUAUUCAUAGCUGCGAAACUUGAGGAGAUCUAUCCUCCAAAGUUGCAUCAGUUUGCAUAUGUUACAGAUGGAGCUUGUACAGAAGAUGAAAUUCUUAGUAUGGAGCUCAUCAUUAUGAAGGCCCUCAAUUGGAAUUUGAGUCCCCUCACAGUUGUGUCCUGGCUAAAUAUAUACCUGCAAGUUGCAUAUCUGAACGAAAUCUAUGAAAUGCUACUGCCGCAAUAUCCCCAACAGAUAUUUGUGCAAAUAGCUGAGCUUUUGGAUCUGUGUGUGCUGGAUGUGGGCUGCUUGGAAUACACAUACGGCAUACUAGCUGCUUCUGCUUUAUAUCACUUCUCCUCUUGCGAGCUGAUGCAAAGGGUUUCAGGUUAUGAAUUAUGUGACAUAGAGGACUGUGUGAAAUGGAUGGUUCCCUUUGCUAUGUCUAUCAGGGAAGUAGGGAGUUCAGCGCUCAAACGCUUCAGAGGAAUUCCUUCAGAAGAUUUGCACAAUAUACAAACGCACAUAAACACUUUUGAUUUGCUGGACAAAGCUCAAGCAAAACAGGCCAUGUUGGCAGAGAGGAACAGAAGUUCUCCUUUACCCACAGGGGUCCUUACCCCACCCCUGAGUGAUAAGAAAUUGUCUCAGUCAUCCAAACAGCUAUAAUUCUGCAGGCUGCCCAAGCUGAAGACCUCUUGGCUUCCAAGUGCCUUCUUUAGGAUUUGUGAUUCUCCUUCUCGGUGCGAUGCUGCCAGGGACUGACUGAAAGUCUUAUGAAUUCUACAACGGAAAGUCUUUUACACUUUUCUAAUGGAAGAAACUUACAUGAUGGAAACUAUUUUUUAUUGUACGCUUGUUUUUAAAUGAACUGAUCGAGUACACCAGCCACCCCAAACAUCAGGCAUUUGCUUGGGUUGCUGCUAAGGAGGGUGAUACUUGAUAUCCUGACUCGGGGAGGGUGUGAGGAGAGAGGGGGUUGUGCCCUCUGCUCUUCCGGGGCACUAGAGCAUGCUCUAGUGGGAGUGAGAUGUGGAAGGCGAGCCCUCUUCUCAGACCUUUUCAGUUUACAACUUGAUUCUUUUUUUAAAAAACAAAACCAACACUUUGUAUAAAUGCUCUUACUUGUCAAAUUUUAAAAUAAAAUGCU